AUGCCCCCGAAGAAAGGUGGCUCCUCGAAAGGUGGUGGUGGUGGCAAGGAAGAGGGCGGAAAGAAGGAGGCAAAGGGUGGCACCGCCGUCAAGGUCCGACACAUACUAUGCGAAAAACAGUCGAAAGUCUUGGAGGCGCUCGAAAAAUUGAGGGCCGGCGCGAAGUUCAACGAGGUUGCCACCCAAUACAGUGAAGACAAGGCCAGAUCUGGGGGCGAUCUAGGGUGGAUGACGCGCGGCAGUAUGGUUGGGGAUUUUCAGGAAGCUGCCUUUGGGCUGUCCAAAAGCACUCCAGGCAAUCCGAUCUACACGGAUCCCCCGGUGAAGACAAAGUUCGGCUACCACAUCAUCAUGGUUGAAGACAAGAAA